GGGAAAAUUUCAGCCUGAAGAGAGCAGGAGAAACUGGAGCUCAAAGAAGAGACAAGAUUGUGAUCAGACUGUGCUGCAGACGUGAGGCUGUUGUUUUUAAGUCUGUCUGGACUUUAAAGCUUCUUUGGGAACUUCUGUCGCUAUCUCAGAGUUUGUUUCUCCACCUUUUGGUUUUUACAAAGGUGUGAGUGAGAGAAGUGGGACAGUCAGAGUGAUGGGAGGAGCUGCAGGCCUCUCCGUGCAUGGACUCCACCUCUGUUCAUAUGGUAAAUAGAGGGUCACAUGGGGCAGUAGUCUUGGAGCAGUGGGGGGGAAAGGGAGGGAAAGGAACAAGGAGAGAUACAAUGCAGGACUUUAGCCUGGCCCAUGUGCCUGAGGCAGCACUUUCACCCUGAGUUUAGAGGACACUGGAUCACUCAAAGAGGAAAGAAACAUGGAAAGGAGUAGGUGCCAUGCAGUGGUUAAAGUGAGUCUUUAAAUUCUCUCACUGCGGCCUUCAUGUCUUCUUUUUGACCUCUUUGGAAUUUUCUUUCUCCUCCCUGGUGUGGGGUGAGAGUUCAGAAGCUAGUCACUUCCUGGUUGUCGUCAGUUUAGUUUGUCUACACAACAGAGGAGCCAAGAUGCCUACAAACUUCACUGUAGUACCGGUGGAGGAUGCAGAGGAUGGCAGCAGCAGUGUAGCAGCAGCUGGAGACAACAAACCUGUCAGUUUGGGAAAUAUCUUUAAAGAGGAAGAGGAAGAAAACAUCCAUGGACUCCACUCAGGAGAUGAUGAUCAGAGAGAGUCCAGUCCAUUCAUCACUUCAGACGGUGAUGGAGACCAUUAUUAUGAAGGAAAGAACAUGGCCCUGUUUGAGGAGGAAAUGGACAGCACCCCGAUGGUGUCGUCUCUUCUCAACAAGCUGGCCAACUACACUAACCUGACGCAGGGCGUCCGUGAGCACGAGGAGGCGGACGAAGACGGGAUCCAGAGGGUCGCUGUCAUGGUUCCUCAGAUGGGAACCUUCAUUGGAGUCUACCUUCCCUGCAUGCAGAACAUCCUGGGUGUAAUUCUCUUCCUGCGUCUCACCUGGAUCGUGGGCACAGCAGGGAUCCUCGGGUCCUUUGCCAUCGUGUCUAUGUGCUGCAUUUGUACGUUGCUCACAGCCAUAUCAAUGAGUGCCAUCGCAACCAAUGGUGUAGUCCCAGCUGGAGGCUCAUACUACAUGAUCUCCAGAUCUCUGGGUCCAGAGUUUGGAGGAGCUGUGGGUCUCUGUUUCUACCUGGGAACCACCUUUGCUGGAUCUCUGUACAUCCUGGGCACCAUCGAGAUCCUGCUGAUGUACAUCGUCCCAACAGCAACGUUGUUUAAAGAAGGUGAAGAUGCAGCGAGGCUCAACAACAUGCGAGUCUACGGGACAUGCUGUCUUCUCCUCAUGGCACUGGUGGUGUUUGUAGGGGUGAAGUAUGUCAACAAGCUGGCUCUGGUGUUUCUGUCCUGUGUGUUUCUCUCCAUCAUGGCAACGUACGCCGGAGUCAUCAAGACACUCAUUGAACCUCCAGAGUUUACUGUCUGUCUGCUGGGAAACAGAUCUCUAAGGAAUGAUGAGUUUGAAACCUGUGCAAAGACAGUGGUGGUAAAAAACAUCACUUAUACCACGGGCCCUUGGAAAUUCUUCUGCGACACUGAAUAUCCUAAUGCAACUUGUGACCCAUUUUUUGAUACAAACAACCUAACAGAGAUCAGAGCCAUACCUGGACUCCGGAGUGGAGUCAUCAAAGACAAUCUAUGGGGUGAUUAUGCCCAGGCCAAAACGCCCAUAGAGAAGAAAAGCCUGGUUUCAGUCGUCGAUCCAGACACUCCCAUAGACAGAAAUAAACCAUUCGUCUUCAAUGACAUUGCCACCUACUUCACACUGCUGGUGGGGAUAUACUUCCCUUCUGUCACAGGUAUAAUGGCUGGUUCCAACAGGUCAGGAGAUCUCAGAGAUGCUCAGAGGUCCAUUCCCAUAGGAACCAUCAUGGCUAUUCUCACCACCUCAUUCAUCUACAUCUCCUGUGUGGUUUUAUUUGGAGCCUGUAUUGAAGGUGUGGUGCUGAGGGACAAGUUUGGGUUCUCAGUGAAGAAGACCCCUGUCAUUGGUGUUCUCGCCUGGCCAUCACCCUGGGUGAUUGUGAUUGGCUCAUUUUUCUCCUGCUGUGGGGCGGGACUUCAGAGCCUUACUGGCGCCCCCCGGCUGUUGCAGGCCAUCGCUCGAGACGGCAUCAUCCCGUUCUUACAGGUCUUUGGUCAUGGGAAGGCUAAUGGUGAGCCAACAUGGGCUCUGCUGCUGACAGUCGGGAUCUGUGAGAUAGGAAUCCUCAUAGCUUCUCUGGAUGCUGUGGCCCCCAUCCUCUCCACGUUUUUCCUCAUGUGCUAUCUGUUUGUGAAUCUGGCAUGUGCUGUUCAGACUUUGCUUCGAACCCCCAACUGGAGACCUCGAUUCAAGUUCUAUCACUGGACGCUGUCCUUCCUCGGGAUGAGUCUGUGUCUCUCUCUCAUGUUCAUCUCCUCCUGGUACUAUGCCCUGGUUGCCAUGGUGAUAGCCGGCUGUAUCUACAAGUACAUUGAGUACAGAGGGGCUGAAAAGGAAUGGGGAGAUGGGAUCAGAGGUUUAUCAUUAAAUGCAGCACGUUACGCUCUCAUCAGGCUGGAGGAAGUUCCACUGCACACCAAAAACUGGAGGCCUCAGUUGUUGGUGAUGUGUAAGCUGGACUCAGAUCUGGCGGUGAAACACCCUCGUCUGCUCUCCUUGACCACACAGCUGAAGGCAGGAAAAGGACUGACCAUCGUCUGUUCAGUCUUGGAGGGAAACUACAUGACCCGGGGGAAGGACGUCAAGACUGGAGAGCAGAGUUUAAAAACAGCUAUGACAGCAGAGCGGACAAAGGGUUUCUCCCAUGUGGUGGUGUCGUCCAACCUGCGAGAUGGUUUCUCCCUGCUCAUCCAGUCAGCUGGACUUGGAGGAAUGAAGCACAACACUGUCCUGAUGGCCUGGCCUGCCGGCUGGAGACAAGCCAGAGACUCGUCUGCAAGAAGGAACUUCAUAGAGACGGUCAGAGAGACAACGUCAGCUCAUCAGGCUCUUCUGGUGGCUAAGAACAUCGAUCAUUUUCCCAGCAACCAGGAUCGUCUGGGGGGAGGAAAUAUUGAUGUGUGGUGGAUCGUACACGAUGGCGGACUGCUCAUGCUGCUGCCGUUUUUACUCAGUCAACACAAGGUGUGGAGAAAAUGUAAAAUGAGAAUCUUUACGGUGGCGCAGAUGGACGAUAACUCAAUAAAGAUGAAGAAAGACCUCCAGAUGUUUCUCUACCAUCUACGCCUGGAUGCACAGGUGGAAGUGGUGGAAAUGCACGACAGUGACAUCUCAGCGUUCACAUAUGAGAAGACGUUAAAGAUGGAGCAGAGGACUCAAAUGCUCAAACAGAUGCAGCUGUCCCGCACAGAGAGGGAGAGAGAGAUUCAGAGUAUCACAGACGUAUCACGCAGCUCCAUAAAGAGGAAGAAGUCAUCCAGCCUCGGCUACCCAUCCGUCAACAUUUCAUGCAUACCAGAGGAAGAGGCUCAGCUGAUCCACGACAGAAACACAGCGUCUCAUUCAGCAAAUGAAAAAGCUGCCAGUGCCCCACCUGACCGCGUCCACAUGACCUGGACCAAAGACAAACUGAUCCAAGAGAAGAACCGACACAGAGAGGGGACUGGUGUCAAAGACAUGUUUAGUAUGAAACCUGAGUGGGAGAAUCUUAACCAGUCCAAUGUGCGGAGGAUGCACACAGCCGUGAAGCUGAACGAAGUGGUGGUUAAAAAAUCUGAGAAUUCACAGCUGGUCCUGCUCAACAUGCCAGGUCCUCCGAAGAACAAGAAAGGACAUGAGAACUACAUGGAGUUCCUGGAGGUCCUGAUGGAUGGACUGGACCGUGUCCUGUUGGUUCGUGGAGGAGGACGGGAGGUCAUCACCAUUUACUCCUAGCACCCAUGGGGUCCUAAUUAAAAGGAGAACAGAAAUAUUGUUGGACUGCAUGACCUCCGGAGAGAGGGAGACUAUGGGAUAAGUCAUCAAACAGGUGUCGCACUGUUAAAGUAAAGUACCCCCCCCUCCUCAAAACACUCUACAGCACAAAAAACAACAGUGCCGUGUCCAUUUAUGGGGAGCGUGUUCAUUUGGAAGAACGGGAGAGGCUCCAGCAGCUCUGACUGAAUUCGGUGCGUUUAAAGGAGGAGAGUGUUCUCUACUGGAACGACACUGAAGCACAGAAAGCUGUCUGUAGGUCUUACACACUGCACUCCUCUGAGCACCUGAUGGAUGAUAGAACCACUACUUUUAGUGUGUAAUGGUAUCAUAGUUAAGACUGCUGUAUUACAGGUUAGUGCCAUUGAUGCAUGACCAGCAGAGUUUGUGUGUCCUGGGAUGAACUGAACAGAUUUAUUUGCAGAAAAUCAUCCUUGAGUCAUAUCACUGAGUUAGACAAAGUCUUUACUUCUAGCAAACAUGGGAGGAACUUGUAAACUAGGGAUGAACUUUUAAUUUUGUUUAUUUUUAAUCAAUAGACUAUAUUUUCUUGGCAGACCAUGUUCCUGUGAUGGCACUCUCAGGGUGGGAGGAUCAAAUAUUGAGCCAGUCAGUGUAUUUCAUAACAUGAAUUCUGUCCAAACAGCAUGCAAAAUAGAUUUUGCCAAGGAGAACAGAAAGGGUUGUAACAAAAAACCCUUAAGAGACCAUGAGACAUCGUUGCACCGUCACUUUUCUUAAGAGAUCUUGAAAGGACUUCAUAAAACCUGUUUUGCUGACUGGUGACUAAACAGGCAUUAGGGUUAGAGGUUGUUAUGGUGGGGGAAGCAGAAAGAAGCAUGGACACUCACAGUGCAACUACACUACUAACAAAAUCCGGCACCUAUUUGUCAAGUUCUCGCCGUGUUUCUUUAGAGCCUGACGCUGUAACAGUCACAAAAUAACAUACUUUUGUUUUUACCAGCACUUCAUCCAGCCAGCAUGUCUAUGUAGGUUAUAUGUGGACAGCAAAUAUGGGUCCCAUGUGGGCUUGUCCACCAGUUCCAUUGUAGCCCCACCUGUGAUCCCCCAUGUUGACUUCAAGUGGGAUCUACCUAGGAUCUCUAAAGAUGGGGCCUACAUAGGUCCCAUAUGGCCUGGCUUACAUUGCAGCCUGCAAAUAAUCCAUUUUGAGCCCACAUGGGCAUGCUGGCUGGAAUCACCCUCUGUCAUGUACCCUCUCUCUCUGCGGUUGCCUGAUGGGAUUUUGGUCAAAGAAAAGCCCACCGACUACCUAAACCAGUAUAAUAGAGGAUCUGUUAAUUUUCAAAACAAGAACUUGAAAUUAUCAAAAAAAAAUCAAGACACACUCACACAAAAUGACCAUAUAAAUCAAAAAGGCACAAAUCAAACCAUUGUUUUCAUUUUUGUUCCUUGAAAACUUGCCAUUUUUAAGUCUCUAAUAUCAAUAUUUAAGAUUUUUUUAAGUCAGAAAUUAAGGCUUUUAAACUCUGAAAUUCUGAGUUUGUUUUCUUGUAAAUACAAGCCAGGAAUUAAUGGAUCCUCUUUAUUUUUUAAAAUCUUUUUAGUGGCCCUCAUACGGCAGCAUACAUUAAGUUUCUAAUCAUGAUUUUAAAAGAAUAUAUCCCUGGGACCAAAACCUCAGAUCACCAUUUUUCUUUUUUUUUUUUUUUUUUCAUAAAUCAGUGCUAUAAGUCACCCUUUGCAUAUGUCAGGGGAUUUGAACCCAUUUUAAAUCAAUAAAAAGUGUCAAAAGAUGCUGACUAUCACUAUUCAGUGUUAGUUACCUGAUACAGCUUUUUUUCUAACUCCCUGGAAAGCGUUGAUUUUGGAAAUACGACGUUUUGGCCAGCAAUGCCAGCAAUAUGUGCAUCGAAGUUUGACAAGGCCAGAGAAGACAGGGCCAAAGGUAGCUCGAUGCUAACAUUAUCAGGUAUUAGGCAUGUUUCUCCACAUGAAAUGUGGUCUCAUCUCUUUCUUUAUGUUUAAUAUCUAUUGUGUUUGUUGUUGCUUCUCCUUUAUAAAUGUUUGUUCUUCCCAUCAUGGGCGAAACACCAUGAGAACAUGGCUGCUGUGAGAAUACAGCCCUGUGUUUCCAAUUUCUUCGAUAAUGUCUGUGUGAUCAACAGGAAAGUGAAAAAUGGGAUACAAAUUUUACAAUUUAUCAUUUCAGAAAAUCUUAGUUGUGUCAGAUUUGUUUUAUUUUUGUGUCUGAACGAAUAGUUUGGCGCAUGUGUGAGCUCAGUCUGAAUCUGCUGUUGUACAAUAAUGAGUGAACUGAGCAUCUUCAAAAACUUUUAAAGUAGUAUUUUAUUUGAGUAUUUUUUAAGUCCAGCCAGUGUAAAUGUAUAUAGAGUGACUUGUGUUAAUUUAGCACAGAAGGCACACAUAAUAAACACUUGA